AUGGAAUCCAUAAAGACUGUUAUUCGACGAAGCCAUGUAAAGUCAAAAAACGGGUGCCAGGCAUGUAAACGAAGGCGUGUUAAAUGCGACGAGUUUCGACCAAUAUGUCGCAAGUGUCUAUUUACGGGAUCAGAGUGUCAAUACUAUAGACCACACGCAGCGCAGGCCACUGAUGCAUUCGACCUAUUGUGGUGGCCCACAAACAUCGAGCAGUCUUGUAUGCAGUGGAAGGAAACUGGAAACCCUCCGUUUCCCUCGUUAAAGAUCGCUACGUCUUUGGGUUGGCACUCCAUGCCUCUGGCGGACUUGCGCUAUCUCUACCAAACGGCUUUAGCGGUUAGUGUGCUUGAUCUUAGCGGCACUAGUGAUAUGUGUCUCUUGUUGGGCGAGUUUCGAACGAUGUUCCAGCUUGCAACUACAUUCGACUUUGUAGCUCAUAUGCUAGCAGCAGCUUCUGCUGAACGCCUCGCAAUACGAGCCAAAUCACAUGAGGCGUCUGUUGAUGCCUAUCGUUACCACACCCUUGCACUUAGGGGACUUAGACAAGCAAUGCAAGCUUUUUCAAGAAGUAAUGCGGAUGCAAUUCUAGUUACGGCACUAGGAUGUUCAUACCAGAUGCCUGACUGUCGUUCAUUAAUGGCGAUUGUGGACUGCAUUUCUCAGGCUGCAUGCCAAAUGCGUACUUUCUCCAAAGACUCCGCUUUCUAUCGCCUGUUUCAAUACGAUUUCCGCUACAACACUGAACAAACAGCUGUUGCACUAUGUUACAAGCCAAAUGGAGUGGGGGAGAAACACCCCCACUAUGACUUAGCCAAAGAUCUCUUGAAUGAAGGCAUCGAUGCAAUGAAUAGGUUGACGACAUGUUUCCGGAAUAAUCAAAGCAUCGCAGCAGUAACCCGGCAGCUCCGAGAUGUCCUGACAGUUGCUCAUGAGCGGCAUCAAAUGAACAUCCCGGCUAAAGAACAAUAUCGUUUAAUAUACCCAUUUACGGCGUGGUUCACGAAAAACUCAGCAGCAUCAUUUAUAGAUCUCAGCAAGAGAGACCCGCUCUUAUUUCUCUUUCUAGCACAUAUGUAUGCGGUUGUUAUCACCUUAGCCGUGGCGUUGCCUAAGAUUGACUAUCCUUUUUUGGCCUCAAUGCGCCUGAAAGGUAUCCUUGAGAUUAACAAAAAGAUGGAAAAAGAGUCAUGGUUCAUAUGUACUGCUUGCCAUGCAUUCCACAGCUUCGACAAAAUGAUGCGUUUCCCGCUCCGAACAGUGGAGCUGUACUCGCUGAACCAGGCUGGCGGUUAA